AAAAAAAAAACAAAAAAAAAAGGAAAACUCUCUCAAAUCAUCUCCCCUUCUCCGGGCACUGCCCAGAAUCCGGCGAGGAGAGCCGCCGUUGAUGUCGUCGCGCCGGCCACCUUACACGGUGGCCGGAAGAUCUAAAAAGGUAGUUGGUGGCCGGUGGCAGAGAGCAGGUGGCAGAGGAGUGACGGCAGCAAUCGUAAGUGGCGCUAGGGUUUCAGUCUAGUUUGACUGCUAGGGUUAAUGUGGUUUUGAGCCUAUUGGGCUCCAAGUUAAGUUUGGUCUGUUGGGCUAGAGGGUUUAUUGGGUAGGUUAGUUGGGCUUGGUUUUGCUGGGUUAGGUCUGUUAGGGGCUAAAUUUGGGUUGUUGGGCUAUUCGGGUUUUGUAUUGUAAUUGGGCCCGGGUUUUAAAAAUUGGGCUUGUACAAUUAGGAUUUCAAAUAUUAAUAAAAAAGAUGUGAUGUACUAUUUUAGUCUUAAAAAGAAGGAGAAUCAUGAAGAAAAUUUAGAAUUCUGUUUGUAAUUAAAUUGUUGAAACGAUAGCGUUUUAUAAGUAGCUCGAGAAUUUUUGUUUUUCUGACCCUCUAAUGAAAUGCACUGAAAGCGAUGUCUAGCAAUCCCCUCCUCGCUGACUGAACAGGGGCGUCGUAAAAUCAAAAGGAAAAAACAACGCGCGACGUCGCGCCAUCUUCUGCAUCUCACGCAAUUGAAGUUCAAUCCUAUAAAGGAUUUAAGCAUGUUUCUCUACAUUCACUUUUCCCCAUUUUCCUUCUUGGAUGGAGAACUUCAACCCCAUCGAUGGAGCUCUUUCCACUCGUGCUGGCUGUAGAGUAGUGGUGGCUCCUAUUCCUGUUUACUUUCCGUUAGGAAAUAAUAGGUACUUUUACGUCGGAGAGCUCCCUCCAUCGCGAGGCACCGGAGUUUUCAUCCCAAAUUAUAUUAACGAUGGAGCAGAGGAUGGUGGCCAUGGCAACACGACAGAGCCUGAAAUAGACGAAGAUGAAGGAGUUGAGCUCAUCGGAAUGGCGCUUUAUAACUAUAUUAACGCAGGUGUAGAGGAUGGCGGCCAUGGAAACACGAGGGAGCCUGAAAUAGAGGAAGAUGAAGGAGCUUAUCUCAUCGGAAUCGAGCUUUAUAACUAUAUUAACGCUGGAGCGGAGUAUGGUGGCCAUGGCAACACGAUGGAUCCGGAAGUAGACGAAGGUGAAGGUGAAGGUGAAGGAGCUCAUGUCAUCGGAAUCGAGCCCUUUCACCUUAUUCACUUCAACAAUUGAGGAAGAUAUGAUCGAUUGUAAACUAGGAUCAUUUUAGUAGCACUACCGCCGUUUCAUUUCAGGGAGGUUGUAGUCUGUUGUGUGUAGAUUUAUGUUUGACCACUUGUUCAGUCAAAGCUGUUUAUUUAAUUUUAAAUUGUCCUGUAUUUUUGUUUAUUUCCUUACAUAGAAAGUGAAGUGUUCGUUUGCCUCUAUCA